AUGUCCGCUUCGCCUUCCAAUAGCAGAGAUGCGGCAGACACUAUGCCUCCUGUCAAGCCCGGAUUUAACUCGUCGACCACACCCGAACAUCCCAUUGAAUACUGGGAGGCGCGUUUACUCGGCAAGAAGGUGCAUUUCGAGACGAGUGGGGAAGAAGUCCCUAAGGCUGAGAAAGAGAAACGUCGAAUCAAAAUUGAGAAUGCCUUCGUUUUAAUUCUGCCCAGGGAAAUCCGAGAGUACAUCAUUGAACAAGUCUUAUGUGGUUGUCAUACGCCCCCGACCUAUCCAUCGAAGUCAGGCAGAAUCGACUUCCAUGAUAUCAUUUACAAGGCCUGGCGCAGCAGGACGAAAAUCUAUCAUGAACAACGCGGCACGCACUGCCCAUCGAACUGUCUUCCUCUACUUUUGACGAGUCGUCAAAUACAUGACGAAACCCAAUGCAUCCUCAAUCGCAAGAAUACAAAAUCCACAUAUGUUCUGAAUAUCUCCGUCUUAAACGACUACGACCUGUUCCCAACUUGGAUAUCCGUGCCGUAUAUCACGAAUCGUGUCUAUGCGUUGUAUACAGAUGUGCACCUUUUCGGCAGUAUUAUCCCGUCUAAGAUAGCUAGACGCCUCGUGGGGGACGGGGGGCGCCUCGGAUUUCACUGGAGCUUCUAUGCCUUGCUUGAACGCUUUCUUCGCUAUGGACCCGUGGGCGAGAAAAAGGGAAAACGCAAUGACAGCGGAAAUCUAAUUUCCGACCAAAUCGAAUUAAAUCUGUUUCAAAGGGGGAAUUUGAAUUUCGAUGAUCGCGAUAUAACCGUCGAGAUCCUUACUCUUGAUUUCCAGUCUGCCGAGCCUAUGCUUCCGUUUCCCCCAGACAAUAUUGGUUACGGUGCAUGGCAAGGUCAACAUCACGCCUUUGACUUGAUCUUUGACGAAACCAACGGUCCAAGCGAGCUUGAGCAGUAUCGGACCCGACCAGAAUGGCUCGCGAAAUAUCUUUUGUUGGAGAUUCACGCUCUUCUGACUAUGUCCUACCACUUUGCAUCGUAUGGGAAAAUGCUCUAUGAGCGGAUUGGAACCAUCCGUAUCGUCUCGCCGGAGGGAGUGACUGAAAUCGACCUCGCCACUAGACUAGCCGCGCUACGCUUUACUAACCAGCAAGACACCUUUGGCGACGUGUGGCCGCCUGAAGAACGUCUUUCUACGUUCUGGAAGUGGAAGAAGCAGACGCUAGCUCGUAGGCAGGAGCUAGGCUUUCCGGUUGUGUGGCCACAUGAUCCGGAAUUGAAAGGUUGA